UGCUUAAACUAUUGGAAGUUUUAAUUAAAAACAUUUUUUUCACGAUAUAGGAGCUUUCUGUAGCAUUUCUUGCGAUAGAUAGAUAUAAUUUUAAAUUAGGCUAGUUUGUGGGAUGGGAACAGGUAGAAAGUGAGAAAGGGGGAGAAAGGGCAGGCAGAAAAGCAAUGGUUUGUGCUUUUAAAGAUGGGACAUGCCUCACUUGUUCUUUCUUCAGCCAGCCAUGUCUCAUGCCUUUUUAACCUUGGCCCUUGACAGCUCUGCCUUUGCAACUGCUUUUUCCUUUCUUGCUCCUCUCUUAUUGGGGAUCCCUGGCUGAUGAUGACCCUGUGGCUGCCCCCCUUUGUUUGGGUGGACAGUGGUCAUGUGGCCACAUCUGAGGCUCCAGCCAAUCCUAUACCAUUCAUUCUCUGCUGCUUGGAUUUCCUCCUAAAGCUAAUAUGUGGCCUCACCCAGUCUUUGACACACUGUGUAUUGGAGAAUUUGGUAGUACUCUUCUCCCAUCACUCUAGGUCAUUUGAGAAUAUUCUUAACAGAAAUUAUUUGAUUUGUGUGAUUUGCCUGCUGCUGCUUCUUGAGCAGUAUUGACUGCCCUCUGGGAUGGGUAUGUGUGGGUUGACUAUUUUAUUCAGUGUUGUUCUCUUUCCCAGGAUGCUCCAGGAUGAAACGUCAUAGAACUCUCAGCAGCAGUGACAGUUCAGACGAGAGUCCUUCCACUUCCUUUACUUCUGGCUCAAUGUAUAGGAGCAAGUCAAAAAUUCCAAAUGAACACAAGAAACCUGCUGAGGAUUGUAGCCGACAAGGUAAAGGAGGUCCUAUUUAUCCGACCCCGGAAGUACAUCCACUGCUCCAGCCCAGAGACUGCAGAGCCUGGCUACAUCAACAUCAUGGAGCUGGCGGCAUCUGUGUGCCGCUAUGACCUAGAUGACAUGGACAUCUUCUGGCUCCAGGAACUCAAUGAAGACCUCGCAGAAAUGGGUUGUGGGCCAGUUGAUGAGAAUCUUAUGGAAAAGACAGUAGAAGUCCUGGAACGCCAUUGCCAUGAAAAUAUGAACCAUGCUAUUGAGACAGAGGAAGGGCUAGGCAUAGAGUAUGAUGAAGAUGUGAUCUGUGAUGUGUGCCGGUCUCCAGACAGUGAAGAAGGGAAUGAUAUGGUGUUCUGUGAUAAGUGUAACAUCUGUGUGCAUCAGGCCUGCUACGGCAUCCUCAAGGUCCCAGAAGGCAGCUGGCUGUGUCGCUCCUGUGUCCUGGGCAUUCAUCCACAAUGUCUGUUAUGUCCAAAGAAAGGUGGAGCCAUGAAGACCACCAGGACAGGGACUAAAUGGGCUCACGUCAGCUGUGCCCUGUGGAUUCCAGAGGUCAGCAUUGCUUGUCCUGAGAGGAUGGAACCAAUCACAAAGGUCUCCCAUAUUCCGCCCAGUCGGUGGGCCUUAGUCUGCAACCUGUGCAAGUUGAAGACAGGGGCUUGUAUUCAGUGCUCAGUGAAAAGCUGCAUCACUGCCUUCCACGUCACCUGUGCCUUCGAGCACAGCCUAGAAAUGAAGACCAUCCUAGAUGACGGGGAUGAAGUAAAGUUCAAGUCAUACUGCCUCAAGCACAGCCAAAACAGGCAGAAGCUCGGGGAGGCCGAGUACCCUCUACACAGGGCUUCAGAGCAGGGCCAGACCAAAAGCGAGAAGACCAGCGUGCGGGCACAGAAGCUCCGGGAGCUGGAGGAGGAGUUCUAUUCCCUGGUCCGUGUGGAAGAUGUGGCCGCAGAGCUGGGGCUGCCCACGCUAGCUGUGGACUUUAUCUAUAACUACUGGAAACUAAAGCGGAAAAGUAACUUCAAUAAGCCAUUAUUUCCUCCCAAAGAGGAUGAAGAAAAUGGUCUGGUGCAGCCAAAAGAGGAGAGUAUUCACACUCGCAUGAGAAUGUUUAUGCACCUACGGCAAGACCUAGAGAGGGUCCGAAACCUGUGCUACAUGAUAACCAGGCGAGAGAAGCUGAAACUGUCACAAACCAAAAUACAGGAACAGAUCUUCAGUUUGCAAGUCCAGCUUGCUAACCAGGAAAUUGCUGCAGGACUUCCUUUGACAAAUGCACUAGAAAAUUCAUUGUUUUACCCACCACCAAGAAUUACCUUAAAGUUAAAAAUGCCCAAAUCAGCCCCAGAAGACUGCAGAAACAGCUCCACAGAGCCUGAUCAUGGACCUCUCUCUCCUGACGGCAGCUCCCCUGUUUGCAAUAUGAGGAGCAUGCAGGUGGCUCAGGAAUCACUAGAAAUGAGAAUGAAGUCAUACCCAAGGUAUCCACUAGAGAGCAAGAAUAACUGUUUGCCGGCCAGUCUCAGCCAUGCUAGGAGUGAAGCAAAGGAUCCCAGUCCUGCUUGGAUAACUCCAUCUCCAGAGUUCUAUCAUGGGCAGUCUCUGGGAAAGCCUCUGGUCCUUCAGGCUGCCCUGCAUGGACAGUCUUCCAUUGGGAAUGGGAAAAGUCAGCCUAACUCCAAGUUUGCCAAAUCCAAUGGCCUGGAGGGCAGCUGGUCUGGGGAUGCCACCCAAAAAGACAGCUCAAGUGAGAUGUUCUGUGACCAGGAGCCCAUGCUCAGCUCCCACUUGGGCAGUCAGGGCAGCUUUAGAAAAUCUACCAUGGAACACUUCAGCAGGUCCUUUAAGGAGGCCACCAACAGGUGGGUGAGGACCACAGAGGACCUCCCGUGCUAUGUGAAGCCAACCAAGAAUACUAACCCCAAGGAGCAGCUCUGGGGCAGGCAGUUUGUCAGGCGGUCUGCAGGGAGAGCUCCAUAUCAGGAAAAUGACGGGUAUUGCCCAGAUUUGGAGCUGAGUGAUUCAGAAGCAGAAAGUGAUGGGAAUAAAGAGAAAGUUAGGGUAAAGAGAGAUAGCUCAGACAGGGAAAAUCCUCCCCAUGACUCCAGACGGGAUUGCCAUGGUAAAAGCAAGACAUAUCCCCUUUCCCACAGUUCAAUGCAUAGGUGAUUAGAAAUUCCACGAAAAACUCCAUCUUUGCCUUUGCCUCAUAUAUUGGGGAAAACCCAUACACCAAAAGGAUUCUAGUAUAUGUUAGGAGGAAUUGUAGUGAAAAGGAUAAAGUUUUUCCACAGUAAAUUGGCUUGCAGUUUUUGAACCAGUUUCAAGUCCAAUUUUCACGAGCACAUCAUAGAAAUUACAUAUUGUCCAAAAGUUUAGGGGUUUGUUUUGUUUUGUUUUUUUGCCAGAGGCUAGUGAGAACAGCUGGGACCAGAGUAUUUGCUCAGUAAAUACUUUGGGGCAGCUUUCCAAUUAUAUUAACACAUAUGUAUUAAGAGUCCUUGCAUUGUCCUUGAUUUGCAGGAGAUCAUGAUUAUCAGACACUAAAACUACUUAUCUUUUGAAGCUACAGCAUGUGACUUCCAGAGCUCCUGUCUGUAAGAAGUUUCCACUGGUACCUGGAAACCCUCUUAAGGGAGAGACCAGGGACCAAUAUCUCAGAUACUGUCAAACUCACUACUCUCUUCCUUUGCUCUGAACAAGGUUGAGUUCCUUUCACAGUAUCUUAACUUACCAAGUCAAUACACCUAAUGCUUAUAAGUGUCCAGUGCCUGUUCCUAGACUUGCUUGUUGGGGACGCACUUGUAACUAUUUCACCCAGCUAACAAGCGUAAAAGGCUAACUUGUGGAUAGUGUUUACAAAAGUACUACUUCCAAGGAAAAUGCUCUGAUCCUCUCAGUUUAGGCAUUUGUGAAGGAUCCCAGAGCCUUUCCCAAAGUGAGAACAUUUCUGGAGGGUUUGUAUCAGGUCAGGGUUUUUGUGUUAUUGUUUUCAAAUAAGUUUGACUUAAAUAAGUUUGGCUGACAGUUUUUGUAUACCUGCUUUAAUGUUUAUAAAAUUUUUAUUGAGGUAUAAUUAAGAUAUAGUAAAAUGCAGAGAGGUUAAGUAUUCUUACCUGCUUUAAUUUUGAAACAGAUUUUUAUUGUCAAACAGAAUUUGAAAGCAUGUGUUUAACACAUGGAUAUAAUUUAGCUUUGUACCAACUUUGAAUCCAAGGCAAUUUCCCAAACAAAAGGGCUGGAGCUGUUUUUCAGAAGUUACUCAUACUCUGUUCCCAAACUAUCAGCCUUUAUUAAUUUCUGGGAGGAAGAGGAUAAUUACAUUAGUGGGAGAUAAAACAUACCUGCUUCGUGUUUAAAGAAGAGGAAAAUGUUACAGUUUUUAAAGUGUGAAGCCAACUAUAAUUCUCUGCUCUCUUUUCUUCUUAGCCUUAAAUUAAUAUUCUCUUUCUUCUAGUUUGGGAACAUGUAGUGAGACUUUUCAGACAAAAGAGGCCAUUUUAGAUAUUUUAAGUUGCUUCCUGGUGAAACAGCCCAGCUGCAGUAAAGGCAGGGGCCCCUCUUCUCUCCGUCAAUAUGGGAAGCUCAGCAGUUUUCCUCUCCCCCGCUUUUGUUCCUGUAGCCUGUAGCUUUGUUAAUGAGUUCCUUUGCUUUUAUUUCUUCCUCCUUUUCUGAAAACUUCUGUAUUUUGCCUCUCCUUUGGCUACACCUUCAAAAUGUUUCUUUUGUGCCUGUGUACAUUUGUGAACAUGCCAUAGCAUGUGUAAUAGGUGUCCUAUGCUUUGUUUGAAUGGAAAAAGCUAUGGAUUAUCCAAAUGAGGAACAGUAGUUCUCCUAUUUAUGCACUAGGUUUCUGUGCUUUUUCUUUGCAUUCUCCUGGGUUCGAUAUUAAUUUGAUACCUUCAUGGUAAUAAAAUUGUAGUGGAGCUAUGUUGUAAACUCCUGUUAGAGGCCAGUGCAGUAGCCUAUAUCCUUUCAUGCCUUUCAAUUCUGAGUGAGGAAGAAAAGCAAACAUUGAAAAAGUGCUUCAGCCAAAUUCCAUAUGUAAUGCCAUUGGGAGAGUAUUGACUAAAAUAAUUUCAGUCAGGGAAAUAUAGUUGUAAUAUUUUUACAGGAUUUUCCUAGGUAAAUGAAGGAGCCUUCAGUUGUGUACAUUUCAAUUGCCCCCAAAUGUAUUUGCUACAUUUUGCUGUUGUUUGAAGUAUUACCUCUUAAUCUUCUUUGUUAAAUUUUUUUUCGUUUUGUCUUAUAUAGUCCAGUUUUCAAAGAUAAACUCGGUCUUUUUUCAAA